CAAUCAACAAUCAACAAGAAGUCUUACUCGCGCCAACUCACCGCCAUCCAUUCGUCCUCUCAUCCCCUCUCUCUCUCUCUCUCUCUCUCUUCUUCUCGUCAUUCCUUACCUGUCCUCUUUUCCUUCUCCUGCCCUUUCUGCUUUCCCCAUGCUCUUCCCUCCAUCCAACCGGUAGCCGCCCAUAGUCGACCGACGACCCGACGACCCGACGAAGAGCAAGUGCAGCGCCGUGUGACCCCGGAUGAUCCGGAUGAUGGACCACGACCCUGCAGCCCAGAUGGACACCACCACCACCACCACCACCAUGGAUAUCGACUCUCUCGAGGCCGACCGCGAACUCGAGCAGAUCCUCCAGACCACCUGCGCCACCCACGUGGCCCGCGAAUCGCGUGUGCGCAAGCACGCCCGCAACCCCAGCGACUCCAGCGCCGACUCGGGCUUCACCUCCGACGUCUCUGGCCGCUUCGACGACGCCGAAGACUCAGACUAUCCCUCCAACCAGAGCCGCUCGCCCUCCGUCCACUCCACCAAGCGCCGCCGGUCCACGGAUUGGCCGCUGCAGAAAGACAACAGCAAAGCCAACACCGGCGACGAAGAUAACCAGCCCCGGGCGGAGAAUGCCAAGGAGAGUAGCAACCCUGCCGGUUCUCGCCGACCGUUUCACAGUGCCAGCGGCAAGAACGCGGGCUCGCCGCGGAAUGGAAGACAUUUGCGCUAUCCCGGCGCGUCCCUUCGUGGGCGUCGCUCGCGCUUCGUCGAGGGGAGCAUGAAUGACUGCGUGAGCGAGAAACCCCCGAGCAUCUUCCUGCGCGAGGACGCGCGCAACGGCGCCAACACCACGGGCCAGCGGCCGUCGGGAAUCUUUCGGUUUGGGAAGGCGAUCGCAUCGGCAUUCAAUCCGUUCGGGCAGUGGGGUUCCAAGCAUCCACCGGAGGCGAACAAGCCGGCGGGCGACCCUCUCUCGCAGGCGGAGAGGGCUUACGCCGAACUGAAGAAGUCCGGGUACAAGGGCACCAACAAGGGAAGCUACAUACAGAGUCUCGCCGAGUCGAACGCGCCCCAGCGGUCUUGGAACCCUAUCCCCGAGCAUGUCGAGCACGCCGAGCACAGGCCCGUGGGACGGCAUUCGCGACAGAACUCGGGCGACGUGACGGAAUCGGCAGGCUCGAUCCGCUCCUCGUUCCAGGAGCUGCGAAGGGCCAAGUCGUCCUUGGGGAUCCCAUACAUGAAGCGACAGGACUCGAGCAAGUUCUCGGAGGAGGCGGAGGGGUCGGGCGUGCGACGGCCAAAGUCCCGGAAGGAGCUCCAGCGGCAGGCCAAACUGAUGAAGCGCGUCAGCGACCUGGAGCUCAAACUGGAACGGGCCCGUCGCGAACUGCGCGAGUUCGUGGGCGAGGAGGACGAGGUACUGGCACCGACUCCCUACGUGGAGAGGCCCUAUCCCAGGAAAUUCGUGCCCGGGGCGCUCCCCUCGCUGCCGUCCGAGAGACUGCUGCAUCCGGGGGCAGGAUCGCUGAGGUCCCCUCGAGCUGUAUCAGCCCCGUUGGCCUCCCUGGCGGAGAACGUCCAUCGCAGCAUCGUGAAGCAGCCGCCCGGCACCCCCCAGAUGAUGACGCCCAGUGACCGACCCCGGCAGCCCUCCCUGAGCGCCGACAGUCCCUCGCUGAAGCGCAAAUCGCCCGAUCCGCAGUCCCCCCAGGCCAUCCCCCAGACAGACCCCACGAAGCAAACCGGCCCCCGCAGCGAGGAGAUGGGGGAUAUGCCUGCACACUGCAAUGAAACCCCGACCCCCCGCCGCGCCAAAUUCCCCAAGAUGGUCACGAGCGACAGUCCCGGAUCCGUCGAGCGCAAGCAAUCCAGAGACCACGGCCGGUCGCCCAGCGAAGAGCGCGGACGCCGCCGCUCGCAGCCGCUGCGGUCGUGCAGCACGCGCUCGCCCUCCGCGCGCCGCCGGGCCUCCAACUCGCGCAGUCGCACCCAACCACCCAGCCUGCGCAUGAAGAAAGGCCGCGCCGAUCUCCGGUCCCCCAGCACCAGUAAUACUACCACCGAACCCACCCAACCUCACCCCCAACUCCCCACCGACCCCGAGAACGACAAGGAGAACCUGAACCAGCAAACCGACCCCAUCGCCAUGGCCUCGCCGCCCUCGUCCCCCACCAAGACCACCAUCGCCGACGAAACCCCCCUCUCCUCCCCCUCCCCGAGCAAGAAGAAACCCGCCCGUUACGAAUACAUCCCGCCGGUGCCGCCGCUGCCGAAGGACCUCUCCGCCACGGCAGCCAAGGUCGAUAGACGACUGGCCCGGGAGAUGGGGAAGAAGCGCGAGGCGCGCAACAGGGCGAAGGUGCAGAUCGGUGGGCCGCAGGUGGCUGAGGUGGUGGGGGAUGGGAAUUUUCAGUGGCCGGAGGAUUUCUUUUGACUGGAUGUUGUUGGAUGAUUGGUGGUUCAUUGGAUGGCUUUACAUAUACCGGUGUUGUGAGUGCACUGAGUGGUAUUGGUAUUGGCUAUCAGAGUGGAGUGGAGUGGACUGGACUAGGCUGUCUUUCUGGACUGUCU